GCAGCUUAUUCUCUUAUGCCUGCUCAGCCUACCUCGUCUUCAGCGCCAUAAGCAUUGCGAAGGUUGGAGAUACCCGCCAUGCCAAAGUUGUUGGUGGAGCCGAAAUUUGAGGCACUCGUUCCAGUUGAGAGCGCAGGGUCGAGAUAUCCGCGGUUGACUGGGUUGACAUUGCCGAGCGACGUGGGCGGCUUCAGUCCUGAACUAACCAUCCCCGGCUGUGCUGAGGGCUGUUGCUGGCGGGAAAGCUGGGAUGCAGGCGAGACGACAGUAGACGAGAAAUGCUGAGAGCUCUGAUGAUUGGACGAAUGGUGUGAGCCAUAAGGAGACUGUUGUUGGGCCUG